AUCUCUUGAUUAAUUCAGGCAGUGAAUAUACCAAAUCGAAUAAUUUAUUCAAAACGAAAUUCGAGAUGAAAUUUCAAAAUCUGUGUGGGAUUUUCGUGGCAAUCCUAGGAAUUUCCUUGGGUAUUUUCUUCACCCUGACUAAUUGCAAUGUCACAUACCUACGGAAAUCAGUGGCGGGGGAAAUCGCCGAGGCGAUCAAUAAUAACCCAGCCGAGUCCGAAACUGAAGUUGAACAAGGUGUCGACACAUCUGUCGUCGAUGUAGCGGGAAAUCACUCAGUCGUGGAGUCGCAAGAUGAAGGAGAAGAAGAGGUUUUCGUGGCACCAAUGCAACCGACAGCGGCACAAAACGACGCCGUAAUCGUCGUGGUGGCUGACGAGUCGUCGAGCAACAGCGUUCCUGUCGACUCAAGCAAUGAUAACAACGACGAUUGCAUUAGAAGGGGACUUCGCUCCGACGAUUGCAACAACAACGAUGAUGGAAAUGACGAUGGUUCCAGCGGCAACAACACGUACACGAUACCGCCAUUGCAAGACCUGAAGGCCAUUUUGUUUCCCAACAGAACGCAUCCGCUAACGGACAAUGCGUUGACGCGCGUUUGGGGCGUGUUCGCCCGACUCUUUCUGAACUGAUGGAAUUCGUUUUCUUGUCUUCGUGGACAGAUGUCACUGUUGUACAGUCGCGCCGCGCCGUCGAAGAAUCCCCGAAAUGAAAUUCGUUUAUCAUCCACCAUUUACUGAC